AUUCAGAUAAAACAGUAAGUAUGCUGCCCCACCAUAACCAAACAUUAAAUAAACGGUGUAAAAAUAUUUAAAACUUUUUCUAACUUAAAUUUGAAACAUUGAACUGUGUUUAACGUCGAAGUGUCAUCAGUUAUUUGCUCUUAACACAUUUGCUAAUUGUAAUUAGCCGCGCUGUUCGGCGGUUCAAAUCUCAACAUGUUUUAACAUAACUACUCUGAGUCAGACUGAAUGUUUAUUUUGUAUGUGUACUUUUACGCUAAAAAACCUAACUUGAAAUUACAGAGGCGGGUUUGUUCUGUGCAAAACUAAUUUAAUGUGAUGCAACUCCACUGUGCUAAGCACUGUUAGCUGCAGCCGGUGAAGCCAUUUUUUCCAGUUUUCUCAUGCUGCUUACUGGCGACAUAAUAUAAAACGCAUAAUAUCCUGACAGCGCUAAGAAUCCAUCAGGUGUCAUUUCUCUUAAAAAAGCAAAUUGUGUCUGUAGGAACAUUGCGCAGUGUUCUAGCUAGCCGUUGAUCCCCAGGCACUGGGCCGGGCUUAGACGCCCUCGGGCUGGGCUGAGGAUUUCACAGCUUCACUUUCGGAGCUCUGCAUUUAGUAGCCUGCCCCACAGACUCCGCCCCGGCUAGAUCGCUUCUUGCCCUGUAUUAUUUCUCUGCAAUUUGCAAUCUACCACAGCGCACGGACAGUUCACAAUGUGCAUGUUUGAUCUCCCUAUGGUCGUCCGCGCCCUUGAUUUCACCGGCUACAGAAAUCGAAAUGACAACCGGCAUGAACGCGAGGAAAAGAAAGAAGAAAAAUUAAGAUCAAAUGAAAAUUUCAGGCAUUAGCAUUUCUGGCUAGAACCCUGUUGUAUUAACUUCUUUUACCCACUUCUCUUUCCAGGCCUAGAACCAAGAAUCAUCAAACCACAUAAGAUUGUCAUGGCAAGUUCAAAACCUGCAAGACUGAAGGUGAUUCUAGGAGAGAGCAACACUGAAAAACUGACUCUUCCAGAUGGCAUACCAGACUCUCUGGAUGAACUUCUCAGCAAGGUGAAGGAUACCUUUGGUUUAAAGACCAAUGUCAGAUUGCAAUAUAUGGACAAAGACUUUGGUAAUGACUUCUUCAACCUCAGCUCAACUUCUGACCUGGAGGACUUGGGAACAGUCAAGGUGAUUCAAGAAAAAGCCAUUCAAACUUUUGUUGAUGUCAUUGAAACAGCUCCAUCUUGUUCUACAGUUCACUCUGACGACAGCAGUUCUUUAGCCUCAAAUGACACUAUAAUCCUCUCCUCCCCUGAAUCCUUGUCAUCGCGAACACAACAAUGGCCAGCCAACUUUCCCAUUCCCAUAUUUUCAUAUGACACUGAACGUCAGCUAGAGAAGGGGAAUUCUGAGUAUCAAGCAAACAACAAAAUGUUGACAGUCACCUCCCGAAUGAAGACUGACAUCCUAAAUAGAUUAGUAGAAGAGAUCUACAGAUACAGAGCCUACCCAGAGGAUGCACAGUUCUGUGUAGUUGCAGAGGCCUUGGUUAAAAAACAUCCGUGUUUAAAAGAGCCCGGUUCAUUCAAUGGUUGCUACGGUUGGAAGCAAAGGCUGAAGUACAAAAUGGGAAACUACAGGACUCUACUCAAAUCACAAGGAUGUCCAGAGUUGUCUGUAAACUCUCUUAAAUCCAAAGCUAGUAUUUCUGUUUCUCCUGCUGCAAAAAUAAAGAAGCCAAGACGAGCUGAAGCCAACUUUUAUCCAUCCUUUCCAUUGGGAGAAACACAAGAAAGCAUGGAAAAAGAGAGAAUUGAACUCUUGACAGCAAUCAAAAGGAGGAACAAUGACAGGGUCAUUGCGGAGAAAAUGGCUCGUACCUUUGCCUACAGGCGUCAGGAGGUGGUGAAUGAAGAACCUGGUAUAGAGGAUUUCAAGGACAGAUGGCCUGCUCUGUUCCAACAGAAAGAGAUUAAUGCGGAGUUUCAGAGGCUCAUGGCUCUUCCCCUUGAGCAGACGUUCUUGGCCCAGUUGGACAGGCACUCAAGUCAGCUGAUUAAAGUCAUCCAGGCCAAAGGAGGAGCAACACGUGCAAAAAUGGCUGGCAUCAUGAGAACUUAUGAUGAGGUUGAAGACAUUGGGAUUCGAAGGGAAUGUGUUCUGAAAGGGCUCGUCACCUUUCUUGGAGAGGAUGCAAAAGACCUUAUUAAGGAAUACUGUGGCAGCAGCGGAGAUGAUGCCCAGAUGGAACUCAAACAACUCACCAUGGCCAUGUUUGUGAUUCGGAAGGAGGGAGAGGGAUUGAAAGAACCCCCAGAAGACAUUGGCAUCGUCAUUGAGGGAGUGGAGGUGUUGCAGGACCUGACUUCAGUUGCCUCAGCAUGUGCCCUGCUUCUGGGUUUGAUAUAUUCCCUUAACUUGGCUUAUCCAAAGGCUCUGCGCUUCACAUUUGAAGUGUUCCAAAAAAUCUUCAUGCAGCUUGAGCAGCACAAGAUGUCUCCCAAAGUUCAAAAUUUGUUUGGAAGACUUCAGACCUCACAGUAAAGACACUGGCAUGUUGUGCAACAGGACAGAAGAUCUUCAGUCUUCUUUGUUUGGACAGAAGAACGCCAUGUUUUGGAAGCUUAACACCUCAAGGAACUGCACUUUGUGAACUUCUGUUGGGACAUUGUUCAUAUUAAAGCCACAAGUAAUACAGAGUUUACUGGAUAACAAUUGACUGGUAUUUCUGGAGGAUGUUUACUGAUGAGGUUGUGAUGAACAUUAUCAUUUUGGGAGUAGGUCUUUUUUGUUUUUGACAUUUCAUAAAGUUACAUGGUUCAUCUCUUUGGUUUUGUGUGGGGGAAAAAAUACAAGUUAAGGGGAAAAAAUUAAAGUAGGAAAGUAGUAGGCUGCUGCAGUUUGUGGA